AUGUUUUGUGUUCAUACGCGGACUCAUCCCGUCUGGACGCGAAGAACGCGAAAUCGUGUUUCUCGUGUUUACCCUCUUCCUCCAAAUCUCUCUAAAUUGACUAUUCUUCGUUCUGACUCCUUCCUAAUAAUCCCAGUUUCUGCUCUUCCCAUCUUCGCCCUCUUCAACGCGCGCUUUUGCCAAACCCACUUCCUGGUCUGCUCUCUCGUUAAAGCGGCCUCAAACCACCUCAAAGCUGCUGGUACUAGCGUUGCGUUGGUAGAUGCCUAA